UCUGAGCAAAAUUUGCUCUCUUAAGAGGGAAGGAACCGAGCAAGGGAGCAGGGCUGGGCUAGCUGAAUGGUGGAACUUGGGAUAUGGGGGGCAUUGGAAAUAACAGCCUUAUUACAUGAAAAAUCCAUGCAAGAGGAAAGCAGAAGUGGGCUGGUGACCGUAUACUGGAAUUUCCUAAACCUUGCUUUGGGUUGGUGCGUCAGUUUCAAGCAAGAAGUUCUUUUAAGCGUGGGUACGGAACAAAAUUUCCCAGCCAGUCUCCAGGAUAGCAGACCUGUGUUCCCCUUUCACAGCUGGGGACUGUUAUAACUGAGCAAACCAAGAAACAGUUGAGGCUGGAGAUCAUAUUAGGGCAAAUGAGGUAGUAGUUCCUGCAAAACAAACCUCUGCCGAGGACCAAAGGAAAACCGCUUCACAUGCUAUUCCUGAUUUGACGCUUUCAUGAAACAGAGGAGGAUGGGUCUGAACGACUUUAUUCAGAAGAUUGCCAACAACUCCUAUGCAUGCAAACACCCUGAAGUUCAGUCUAUUUUGAAAAUCUCCCAACCUCAAGAGCCUGAGUUUAUGAAUGCCAACCCUUCUCCUCCACCAAGUCCUUCUCAGCAAAUCAACCUUGGCCCAUCAUCCAAUCCUCAUGCAAAGCCAUCUGACUUUCACUUCUUGAAAGUAAUUGGGAAAGGCAGUUUUGGAAAGGUUCUUCUCGCAAGACACAAGGCAGAAGAAGCAUUCUAUGCAGUCAAAGUUUUACAGAAGAAAGCGAUCCUGAAAAAGAAGGAGGAGAAGCAUAUUAUGUCAGAGCGGAAUGUUCUACUAAAGAAUGUAAAACACCCAUUCCUGGUGGGCCUUCACUUCUCUUUCCAGACUGCUGACAAAUUGUACUUUGUCCUAGACUACAUCAACGGUGGAGAGUUGUUCUACCAUCUCCAGAGGGAGCGAUGCUUCCUGGAACCACGGGCUCGUUUCUAUGCUGCUGAGAUAGCCAGUGCCUUGGGUUACCUGCACUCUCUGAACAUCGUUUAUAGAGACUUAAAACCAGAGAAUAUUUUGCUAGAUUCACAGGGACACAUUGUCCUAACUGACUUUGGGCUCUGCAAGGAGAACAUUGAACACAAUGGCACGACAUCCACCUUCUGUGGCACACCUGAGUAUCUGGCACCAGAAGUACUUCAUAAGCAGCCUUAUGACAGGACUGUGGACUGGUGGUGCCUGGGGGCCGUUUUAUAUGAGAUGCUGUAUGGCCUGCCUCCUUUUUAUAGCCGGAAUACUGCUGAGAUGUAUGAUAACAUUCUGAACAAGCCCCUCCAGUUGAAGCCAAAUAUUACAAAUUCAGCAAGACACCUCCUGGAAGGCCUCCUGCAGAAGGACAGGACAAAGAGACUUGGAGCCAAGGAUGACUUUAUAGAGAUUAAGAAUCAUAUCUUCUUCUCCCUAAUUAACUGGGAUGAUCUCAUUAAUAAGAAGAUUACUCCCCCUUUUAACCCAAAUGUGAGUGGGCCCAGCGAUCUGCGGCACUUUGAUCCUGAGUUUACUGAAGAGCCCGUCCCCAGCUCCAUCGGCAAGUCCCCAGACAGCAUCCUCAUCACAGCCAGCGUCAAGGAGGCUGCCGAAGCUUUCCUGGGCUUCUCAUACGCACCUCCCAUGGACUCUUUUCUCUGAACAGUCCCAGGUUGCUUCUGAAGGAUUUCAUGUGUGUUUUUAAAUGUUUUAGUUAGCCUUUUGGCAGAGCUGCCAGCUGACAGGACAUCUUAAAAGAGAAUUUGCACAUCUCUGGAAGCUUGGCAAUCUUCAUUACGCACUGUUUGCUGGAGGCUUUUCGAAGAGCACAUCCUCUUUUCAGUGAGCUCAUGAGGUUUUCACUUUUAUUCUUCCUCCCAACGUGGUGCUAUCUCUGAAAUGAGCGUUAGAGCGCUGCCUUAGACAGAUGCAGUGUUGGGUUAGAGGGAAGACAUUGUUCUGAAGAAGGAUCUUCUGAAGGUCUGUCUGGGCUGUGAUACUGACAAUGAUGAAAUGUGCCUUUUCUGAUGAGAUCAUGUUAGCUCCAAAGCUUUUCCUAUUGCAAAGUGUUCAGACCUUUAUUUUUCCUCGUGGAUUUGCUGCGUGAGCAGUGGUAUGAGUGUGGUAUGCUUGAUCACAGAUGGGUUGAGUUAUAAGCAUCAAUGUGACACUUGCAGGAUACUACAACGUGGGACAUUGUUUGUUUCUUCCAUAUUUGGAAGAUAAACUUAUGUGUAGACUGUUUUUUUUUUUGUAAGAUAUACUUAAUAACUAAAAUUUAUUGAAAUGGUCUUGCAAUGACUUGUACCCAGAUGCUUAAAGAAAGCAUUGCUGCUACAAAUAUUUCUAUUUUUAGAAAGGGUUUUUAUGGACCAAAUGCCCCAGUUGUCGGUCAAAGCCGUUGGUGUUUUCAUUGUUUAAAAUGUCACCUGUAAAAUGGGCAUUAUUUAUGGGUUUUUUUUGCUUGUUUUGUUUUGCAUUCCUGAUAAUUGUAUGUAUUGUAUAAAGAAAGUCUGUACAUUGGAUUAUAACACUAGUAUAUUUAAACUUACAAGCUUAUUUGUAAUGUAAACCACCAUUUUAAUGUACUGUAAUUAACAUGGUUAUAAUAUGUACAAUCCUUACCCCCCCUCCCCACCACACAACUUUUAUUGUGUGUGAUGAACCAAUUUUGGUUUGCAAUAAAACCUUGAAAAAUAUUUACA